AUGUCGAACCUUCCUCCUGCAUUGCCUGGUGGUGUCCUCGUCCUCAGCUCCUCAGCAGUCAUCGACGCGCCUAUAGAGAAAGUGUGGGACCUCCUCCUCAACUUCCACACUUACUCCGAAUGGUAUUUCUCUGAGCCUGAUGCACUGGUCAUGACUAACACUCCUUCCAUGAACAAUAGGAAUGCCUUCGUACACAAGCAUAUCAUCGUAGACCCGUCGACAAACGAGCCUCUUCCAGACCAGACACCCCGUGAAGGCCUACAUCUGCUCAUGGAGGUCCACAUCCCGCCCAACGAAGACCGUAGCCAUCCCCCGACUUCACGCCCUCGCGAACUCAUCACCGCCCUCGACCAUGAGAGCCACCGUAUCGCAUGGCGGAAUCUGCUACCAUCUUGGUUCCUUUCCGCGGAGAGAUGGCAGGCACUGAGCGUCGUUGAGAAUGGGAAAACCUUAUACGAGACGAGGGAGAUCAUGCGUGGCCCAGCCGCGUAUCUUGUUCGCUGGUUUUUGGGGGGUAGCUUGCAAAAGGGAUUUCAAGCUGUCGCAGACGGGUUGAAAACGAGAGCUGAGCAGCUGCAACAGUAA